AGCCUUCACCACACGUUAAAACGGGUCGGACUUAACAGACGGCAAUCGUAAUCUGUUCGACAUUCGGCUGGGACCCUUCGCUGGUUGACAGGAAACCACCUGUUUCUUCUACGCCGAAACUCCAUCUCGGUAUGUCGAUCAAACUUUUUCUCUCUACAGUCCUGGCAGGAGUCUUUAUAACGUCUGUAUCCUCGUUACAAGCGAUCCCAUCUAAAGAUAGACCAGAACCCAGCGACUCCAUCGUUCACUUCACGCAAAGAAGACCUUUACCCAUGAAGAGAGGAAGUGAUCAUAAAAUAAUGAACGUGUCAAAGACGAGAGACGAAACGAAAGAGUGCCAUAAAUACGCUCUUCAUAAAUGUGGCAACAUUUUCUUGAGGGUAUUAAAACUCCUUAAUUUCCUGAAGAGUCAUCACUCAUACCAAGUUAAAUGUUCUUUACGGCAGGCAUUUUUCACCUGCAUCCAAAAAUCUCGCGGGAAACCUUGUUGGCAUCACAAGCACCACAUCAACUACGACUUGGAUAAAUUUAGAAAAAAACUCGCUGAUAAUCUGUGGGCAACACGCUCUUGUGUACUUAUGAUAGCUGGUGUUAUCAACUAGUGAUUUACGUUGUCAUAAAAACUUUUUAAAUUUAUACCUACAGUCGGUAGCUGUGAUAGAUGGCGCUGUAUCUAUGAUGCAACAGUUUCUUUUAGGCUUAAGGCAUAAUGGAAACUGUUUACGUUUCGUGAAAAGAUUUUUUGCAAAAAUAUACGUAAAUAUGGUUGAAUUAUUAGUUUCAGUAAAUAAUAAACGUAUUUUAUGUUUUUUA